UUCUCAAGAAACAAACAGAAACAACUUGUACGCCUACAUAUCUCUUUGUCUCACUUGCAAUCAUCUUGUUCUUAGAUAAAACCAAGAAAAACCCAACUUGAAGGACUUGACUUCAUGCCUCGGCCAUGCAGUUCCUCUCAUCAACUUCUUUAACCCAAAACGCCAUCUACCAUUAACGUUUCCUUCGUCUUCUUCUUCCCCUUUUUUUUCAUCAACGAAAAAGAAAACAGAAGAUGGGUACUGCAACAUCAUCCAUGGCCGCGAAAUUCGCUUUCUUCCCGCCAAACCCGCCGUCGUACAGCGUGAUCGUGGAGGAAUCAACGGGGAAGAUGAAGAUCUCAGAUGUUCAUGAGCAGAGAGAAAACGUAGAUGUUAUGAAGCUAAAAACGAAGAAGGGAAACGAGAUCGUUGCCAUGUACGUAAAGAACCCAGCAGCUUCACUUACAGUGCUUUAUUCCCAUGGAAACGCAGCUGAUCUCGGCCAGAUGUAUCACAUUUUCGCUGAGCUCAGUCUUCACCUUAAUGUCAACCUUAUGGGGUACGAUUACUCUGGGUAUGGACAGUCUUCUGGAAAGCCAAGUGAGCAGGACACAUAUGCAGACAUUGAAGCUGCUUAUAAAUGCCUUGAAGAAACCUAUGGAGCAAAAGAGGAAGACAUUAUACUGUAUGGACAGUCAGUUGGGAGUGGACCUGCUCUUGAAUUAGCCGCACGUUUGCCUCGUCUGAGAGCUCUAAUUCUCCACAGUCCCAUUUUGUCUGGCCUUCGUGUCAUGUAUCCUGUGAAGAGGACAUUCUGGUUUGAUAUUUACAAGAACAUUGAUAAAAUUCCACUUGUCCAGUGCCCAGUUCUGGUAAUUCAUGGAACUAAAGAUGAAAUUGUGGAUUUUUCUCAUGGUAAGCAGCUGUGGGAACUGUGUAGAGAAAAGUACGAACCUUUGUGGCUAAAGGGGGGAAACCACUGUAACUUAGAACUCUAUCCUGAGUAUUUACGACAUCUGAAGAAGUUCAUAUCAGCCAUUGAGAAAUUACCUUGUCCUCAAAUUGCAUCUGACCACAAUAACGAGCAACUGGAGCAGCCUGUGAACUCCACAGAUCACAAUAAGGAGAAAUCAAGGGGAAGCACAGACCAAAAGGAGAAGGCUAGGCCUAGUACUGGACAAAGAGAAAAGUCUAGUCCGAGCACUGGUGGCAGAGAAAAAUCAAGAGCCAGUACUGAUAGGAGGGAGAAAUCAAGAAAGAGUCUUGAUCAUUCUGGGAAGGCAAGGAACAGUGUAGAUCAUGCAGAAAGAGCUAGGAAUAGCUUUGAUCGAUUCGGUGAUAUGGUGAGAUCAGUUGGGUUGUGCAAUGUUGAUUGUCUGAAGCAGGCAGCUGCAGAGGCUUAAGGUGACAAGGAACUUCUAUUCAGAGUUGUAAAUUUCAACUUCCUUGUUGGAAUGUUAGCAAAGAAUUGUUUGUUUUUUCCCCAGUAACUUUGUAUGAUACACAAAUAGUUUACUAAGGAGUUGUACUAGGCUUUCUUUUAGUCGUAAUGGUGUCGGCUGAACAAACUCUUAUACUGGAAAACAUAUUA